AUGCUGCUUCAACCGCUGGGCUGUAAUGUUUUGAAUUUAGUUUGUUAUUUCUUCUUGGCUAAUAAUUACUUCAUGACCGUCAGCCACCUAGCCACUGGGUUAAAUGAGUUGUUUGAUGAUUCUGUCACUUCCUUUGGAAGAUCGAGGAGUGCAAUCUUUUUUGACCGCAUCCUCAAAAACAAAGUCGUACUAGUCUAUUUUCAGAUUAAAUAUGAGAAAUACACUGUUCAUGAUCACGAUGCAAUGUGCAUCAUUGAAAGUGGAAAACUCAACAAAGCUAUACAUUUCCCUUCUUGGUAUUUGACAGAAAAAGAUGCUGCUGGACUUUUAUACAAUCCUGAAUUUAGUGAAAAUGAAGAAUUAUUACUACCUGAACAUGCUAAAAAUGAUGAGUCUCAGCAUUGCCCGCACCGUGUUAGAAUAUCAUCCAGAAAGCAGCCCUGUGCAUUCAAGCAAGCGAUAGCAAUUCAAUCAAUGAAAAAAAAUCACUUUUUACAAAAAAAAUUGGGACCAAGUCAUGCCGCCUGUGCUCACAAGAAAGCUCCUGCUGGAAAUAACACCAACAACAAUAACACGUCACUGUUAUUAAUUUUAUUCUUUACAAUGCAGCUCUUUCAAACGCAGAGCAACAUAAAACAUGAAACUGGAAAAACUAAUAUAAGAUUUGACGUGACGUGGAAAAACUUCAUGUUACAUUAUUCCAAAACCAUCCACUGUUUACUUAAAACAUAUUCUAAAUUGGGUGAAAUCGUUGACAACUAA